CCAGGGAGGGAGGAGGGAGGGAGGGAGAGAGGGGGGAGAGAUCAGCGGAGGGGGUCGGGUUUUGAUUUUUCCCUGGGCAAUGGAGAUGGCUCUCCGGGCGCAGAGCCCGCUCUGCUCCCGGAGCCGCCCGGUGCUCCUCGUGCGGCCCGCCGUCCCUGGCCUCGCGCAGCCUAUCGUCAAGUGCAGCAGAUUUGCAAGAAGCAGGCUGGUUCGAUGCAUGGUGGCAAGCUCAGAUUAUCCCAAGAGGAAUCCGAGGAGAUCAUCAGCUCCAAAGCCCAAGGGCACUGCCUCUAGAGGAUAUGCUCCAAGACCUUCUACCGAAUCUUGGACCUCCACGAAGAAGACUGAGCAUAGCAGCGCUGAUGAAGACGCUGAUCUCGGCACAAGCAAUGGGACGCUCAGUAGCGAGGCAACAGAGCAGACAAGUACCGCAGAAGAAGAGUAUGAGGUGGAAUUCUCAGGAAAUGUUUCUAGCAGCGUGGAGCUGAAGGGUGUGAGCGAGGAAGAGGUUGACCAAAAGCAGCCUCCUGCAUUGUCUUCCACAUCCAUGGAUGUUGAGUCGACAGACGAAUCAUCUGAGGUGGACUUCUCAGGAAAUGUUUCUAGCAGCACCGAGCUGAAGGGUGUGAACGAGGUCGGGACUGAAGAAGAGGCCGGCCAGAAGCAGCCUCCUGCAUUGGCUUCCACAUCCAUGGGUGUUGAGUCAGUUAAUGAAGCAACAGAGCAGACAAGUACCGCAGAUGAAUCAUCUGAGGUUGACUUCUCAGGAAAUGUUUCUAGCAGCGUGGUGCUGGAGGUAGUGGAUGAGUCUGAGACUGAAGAAGAGGCUGACCAGAAGCAGUCAUCAGCAUUGGCUUCCACCUCCAUGGAUUCUGAGUCAAUUGACAGAGAACUUGAGGAGUACCGUGUCAGAAUAAGUGCACUGGUGGGUGCAAGCACUCGAGGAAAGGACCAAUCGAGUAUUGGUUUUCAUGGACAAGACAAAUCGGUAAUUACUUCUGAUGAGCAAGACAUAUCAGCUGUUGAUGUUCCUCAACAAAGCCAGUCAGUUGUUGGUGUCACCAGAGAAGAUCCAACAGAACAAACCACCAGCAAGAAUCUCAUGGCAAGAAAGCAUUCUUCAUCAGAAGAUGGCGUCGGGGCAAGUAAAGAUGCCAAUGAAGAGCCAUUGGUUGCUGGUGAUGAACUGAGGAUAACAGAGGAUGAAGAACAACGUGAACCAGAGAUGCAAGAACAGGUACAGAUGGAUGUUGAUCCUCAAGCACUAAAGCGAAGGCUUGAAGAGCUUGCAGAUGAAAAUUAUUCGAUUGGGAAUAAGUGUUUUGUUUUUCCUCAAUUAGUGGAAGCUGAUUCAGUUAUUGAUCUGUACUUAAAUCGUAGCAUGUCGGCCUUAGCAAGUGAGCCUGAUAUUCUUAUCAAAGGGGCAUUCAAUGGUUGGAGAUGGAACCAUUUCACUGAAAAAUUGCGUAGAAGUGAAUUAACAGGGGAUUGGUGGUGUUGUAAGCUCUACAUACCCAAGCAGGCAUACAGAUUAGACUUUGUGUUCUUUAAUGGUGACACCGUCUAUGAAAACAACAGUUAUAAUGAUUUCGUCCUGCAUAUAGAAAGUGACAUUGAUGAACACUCAUUUGAGGACUUCUUGCUUGAAGAAAAGCAAAGGGAACUUGAAAGGCUUGCUGCAGAAGAAGCUGAAAGGGAAAGACAAGCCGAGGAGGAGCGCCGGAAGGAGGAAGAAAGGGCCGCAAUGGAGGCUGACAGGGCACAGGCAAAGGCUGAGGUUGAGAUGACGAGGAAUAAAUUGCAGCAUGUCUUGGGUUUAGCCUGCAGAUAUGCCGAUAAUCUAUGGUAUAUACAGCCUAGCACAUACAAAGGAGGGGAUAGGGUCAGAUUAUACUAUAAUCGAAGCUCGAGACCACUAAAGCAUAAAAAUGAGAUUUGGUUGCAUGGGGGUUACAAUAACUGGACUGAUGGGCCCUCUAUUGUUGAGAGGCUAGUCAAAUCUGAAGAAAAGGAUGGUGAUUGGUGGUAUGCAAAUGUUACUCUACCUGAAAGCGCAUUGGUGUUGGACUGGGUUUUUGCUGAUGGAUCACCUGGGAAUGCAAGCAAGUAUGAUAACAAUGGGAAGCAAGAUUUUCAUGCUGCCGUUUCAAAGAGCAUAUCCGAUGACUUAUUUUGGGUGGAAGAAGAACGUAGGAUAUUUGAAAGGCUUCAGCGAGAAAGAACAGAGAAGGAGGAUGCUGGUCGGAGAAAGGCUGAGAUAACUGCAAGGAUGAAAGCUGAGAUGAAGGAGAAGACUAUGAGAGAGUUUCUUCUCUCACAGAAACACAUUGUGUAUACUGAGCCACUUGAAGUACGUGCAGGGACCACAGUUGAUGUUCUAUACAAUCCUUCUAACACAGUGCUGAAUGGAAGUCCAGAAGUUUGGUUCAGAUGUUCCUUUAACCGUUGGACUCAUCCAAGUGGUCCUUUGCCGCCCCAAAAGAUGGUGAAUGCAGAAAAUGGUUCACACUUACAAGCUACAGUUAGGGUUCCUUUGGAUGCAUAUAUGAUGGACUUUGUUUUCUCUGAGUCGGAAGAAGGUGGGAUAUAUGACAACCGGGAUGGGAUGGACUAUCAUAUUCCUGUGUCUGAUUCCAUGGCAAAGGAACCACCUAUGCAUAUUGUGCACAUUGCAGUAGAAAUGGCUCCUAUUGCAAAGGUUGGGGGCCUUGGCGAUGUUGUUACUAGUCUUUCACGAGCUAUUCAAGAUUUAGGCCACAAGGUUGAGGUUAUUUUUCCAAAGUAUGACUGCUUAAACCUAAGCAAUGUGAAGGAUUUACAUUGCCGUCAAAGUUUUACUUGGGGUGGUACAGAGAUAAAAGUAUGGUUUGGAAAGGUUGAAGGGAUCUCUGUUUAUUUCUUGGAACCGCAGAAUGGGAUGUUUUGGGUUGGAUGUGUCUAUGGAAGGAACGAUGAAAGUAGAUUUGGCUUCUUUUGUCAUUCUGCCCUGGAGUUUCUUCUCCAGAGUGGCUCCUCUCCAGAUAUCAUACAUUGUCAUGAUUGGUCAAGUGCUCCAGUUGCUUGGUUGUACAAGCAACAUUAUGUUCAUAAUGGGCUGCCAAAUGGUCGGGUUGUAUUUACGAUCCACAAUCUUGAAUUUGGAGUCAAUCACAUUGGCAAAGCAAUGGCACAUUGUGAUAAGGCUACAACUGUCUCGUACACAUAUUCAAAGGAAGUGUCUGGACAUGGUUCUAUUGCUCCUCAUUAUUUCAAAUUCCAUGGAAUCCGCAACGGAAUUGAUUCUGAUAUUUGGGAUCCAUAUAAUGACAACUAUAUCCCGGUCCAUUAUACUUCUGAGAAUGUUGUUGAGGGCAAGAGUUCUGCAAAAAGGGCAUUGCAGGAAAAGCUUGGAUUACAUCAAACUGAUUCCCCUCUAGUUGGAAUCAUCAGUCGGCUUACAGCGCAGAAGGGAAUUCACCUUAUCAAACAUGCAAUUUAUCGAACUCUUGAACGCAAUGGACAGGUGGUUUUACUAGGCUCAGCUCCAGAUCAUCGCAUACAAGGUGAUUUUAGCAACUUAGCUGCUAAACUGCAUGGUGAAUUUGAUGGUCGCGUGAAGCUUUGUUUAACUUAUGACGAGCCACUAUCACAUUUAAUAUAUGCUGGCGCCGACUUCAUUCUCGUGCCUUCCAUUUUCGAACCUUGUGGUUUAACACAGCUUACUGCUAUGCGAUAUGGAUCCAUCCCAAUUGUUCGGAAAACUGGAGGCCUUUAUGAUACCGUUUUUGACGUGGACGAUGAUAAGGAUCGGGCCUGUGAACAAGGCCUUGAGCCGAACGGAUUCAGCUUCGAAGGAGCUGACAGCAAUGGCGUAGAUUAUGCUCUCGACAGGGCGAUCACCACAUGGUACGACGCUCGCGACUGGUUUCACUCCCUCUGCAAGCGGGUCAUGGAGCAGGAUUGGUCCUGGAACCGGCCUGCUCUGGACUACAUGGAACUGUACCAUUCCGCGCGCAAGAACUGAGACUUUAAGCUGGCAGGGAGAAGAACAGAUGAAGUUCCGGGAGUGGGUUUGCCAGGUUUUGCGACAUGCCAAUGUCUCACUCCAUAUGCCGUUCUCCGGAAGCCAUUCUUUGGGCUCUGAGAAGAAGUAUUGGGCUUCUGCAUCCCUCUGCGAUAGGCUGAGAUGUGAGCUGUUUACUUUAUCCAUUGAUCAUGAUAUCGCAGCAUGUGACACGCAGACGUCAAAUGUGGCACACGGCAAAGUUCGUUCUAGCGGGAGUCUUCAGUUUUUGCAAACAUGUACCAAUGCAAAUAUGUUCAUUUUACGGUUAUGUAGUCCUUGAAGAUGUACAUAUUUUGUAAGCUGGCAGUUAGAUUCUUAGGGCCGACGCUCAGUGUAGUAGUAGUAUUAUUUUCUGCCUCGUCUUCUGAAUAAUAAAGUGCAUAUCAAAUGGUGUAGUAUA